AUGGGGGUAAUUCUAUUCUGUGGGGGCUGUGAGCUCAGCGAGUUUGUUUCUGUGCCCAUAAUCCCCUCUCUAAGGGCGCCAGCAUAUAAAAGCUUCAAUGGGCCUGACACUCUCACACAGAGCGCCAGUCUCAGCCCUGAGUCUACUCCUGUACGCACACACACUUCCACAGGUAAGACAGUGGGCAGACGGUUUUCAGAGUAAGGAAGACAAGGAGGGAGGAACUCUGACGUGAGAAAGUUUGACGUUCAAAUAGGGGCUGAAUUUUGGUUUCACUUCUGAAGCGGAAAAGUUUGUUGAAAUGUUUCUGUAAUUUUUUAUGUGUAUGUUUCCCAUCAUACAUAAAGCUUGUGUGUAUGAUUGUUACCAACAGAAAAAGGUUCAACUUGAUAUCACUCCUGUGAUAAAUUUUGAUGGUUACGGGACAGAGUGAACCAGUAAAAAAAAAAAAAAAAAAAAAAAGACCAUCAGCAACAAGUUUGACAACUUCUGCAUUUGUAAGUUUAAUGCCUGAAACUGCAGUGAAGGGAUAGGUGUCAGACGAGACUGUUUCUAAGCCUUUUUCUUUCGUAGUUUUCGAAAUUGGACAGAUGUUAGGUUUGCAGUUUUGUCCAUAGGAGCUUUAAAGUGGAAAGAUUAAAACUUUGUAAAAAUGAAAUGUAUUUACUUCUUUCAAAUGUGAUUGUCUGUACUUUGAACCAUUGUCCUAUCAUGAAGUCUUUUGUGCAGGUUGGAGGGACUUUAAUGAUCAUUAUUCACUGAGCAUUAACUCCAAGAUUAACACAUACAAUGAUGCUGAGGCAGCUACCAUUUUUUUUAAUGAUUAUUUGUUAAACAAAAAUUGCACUGCAUGAAAUGUGAAAAAAAAAUCAUCAACAUGUCAUGAUUGAAAAAGAAAAGAGGAGUGGUAUUUUUUUCUCAAGUUUAGCACAAAUUCAAGUUGACAACUGUUUGGUGACUUUUUUUUUAUUAAUGGAUGAAGUGUUGGGUUUUAUUUUCACUCAUUCAGCUGUCGCACUGAUUUCUGUCACCAACCUUAAGGCUAAAAAAGAAAUGAUUUUCACAGCUUGAAACUGUUUUUACUUUUUUAAUUUGACUCGAACAUAAUUUCAAAUGCUUAAGUCCUUCAGUGUGACAGUAAUGGAUGUCUAUUAAAGACUCGUUCCUCUCUCUUCUCAGCCAUCAUGUCUGCUGGAGGAGAGAAAUCCAAGCCUACUUCCCAGACUGAUGGGAAAGCGGCUCAGAGCAAGAUGUCUGAUCCAGGCCUGAUGUCCUACAAGGUACGCGAUAUACACACACUAGACAGGAUAUGUACAGAUGACGAUCAGCCAUCUUCAAAUAUACCUUUAAGUAUUUUCACACCAUGAUAAGCAGCUGGCAUCACACUAACAGCUUUACCUUCUGGACUGAUGUCUAUUAUCAUGACCCGCUGUGUCGUAUUGCUUAGUGAGGAGGCGGUCGACAGCCAAAACUGACGGAAAAAUAACGUGUUAGAAAUCUGUCAAAAACCCACAGACGUCUCAUCUGACUCUGCCUCUUUCUUGUUUGAUAACUUUUUCUUCUACUUUUGCUUUUUUUUUUUGAGUUUCUCUUUUCCACCUGCGUCGCUCUGUCCCUCAUUCACAUCCUCUUAUCUUUACUUCUCCUCUACUCUCUAGCUGACUCUGUUUGAUCAGGAGAACUUCCAGGGCCGCAGCGUGGAGAUCACCGGGGAGUGUAUGAGUGUGAGUGACCUGGGGUUGGAGAAGGUGCGCUCCCUGAAGGUUGACAGUGGUCCGUAAGUAGCCUGUGCAUUUGCAGCUGCACUUUCACACCCACCUAGGAACGCAUAAUGUACCAAACACACACCCACUCAUCAGAGAGGAGAGCAGGUGAUUUCACAAGUGUACCCCACCAUUAUGUGACAUUUUACACUUUGCAUUUUAAGCACAAGGCUAAUGCUUUUAUCUGGGUGUUUCACAGAGAGAACAAUAGGAGAAUAAACUUUAAAAAAUCAAAUGAAUUACAGGACAAAACUAAAACUUUUGAAAUGAAGCAGUGCGGUGAGUGAGAAAACAAGGGGGACCAAUAGAAGAGGAAAUAAUGAGUCGAUGUGGAGGAAAUGUGUUGUCAAAGGAAAGAGCUUAUAAUUACAGGUAGAAAGAAGACAGCAGAACUUUAUUAAAUUAUUCCACAAAGUAUUUUCAUUAUAUAACAGUCUUUUAUGAUUGUGCUUUCAUAAUGCUGGCCGUCCACGAGAGACACAAUAGAUAUUAAUGGUCAGAAUGGAGGCAGCGGGUGCUCGGCUACUUUUCCAACAUCAUCAUGCGAAAACCGACUAAAGAGCUCCGUUGAAAGCUGUCAGUCAGGGUCAAAUUUUUAACUCACCACCUCCCUCCCCUCUCCUCUCCUCCUCAUGACCUUUCCUCUCUUCCUCAGCUUUGUGGGCUUUGAGCAGAUGAACCUCUGUGGGGAGAUGUUCAUCCUGGAGAAGGGUGAGUAUCCUCGCUGGGACUCCUGGAGCAACAGCCAGAAGAACGACCUCCUGCUGUCCCUCAGACCCGUCCGCAUGGUAAGAAAUACUUCACGGACAUUAUCAGCUGAUAUCCGUGCAUGACAUGUACUCUCAUCUUGUCUUUUCCCUCACUGUCUUCAAGGACCCUGAGAAGCACAAGAUCACUCUCUUUGAGGUUGGCGACCUAAAGGGCCGUAAGAUGGAGAUCAUCGAUGACGACGUCCCCAGCCUGUCUGCCCACGGUUUCACUGAUAGAGUGGGCAGCGUUUUGGUCAGCUGUGGAACGUGAGUGUUUAGGCAAAACAAAAAGAAAAUACUUGAACUUGUUCAGAGAUUUUGAUAAGAAAAGCACAGAGCUGCCAUUUUCACAUCUGUUGCUUUAGACGGUUGCUCCAAAGCCAGUCAGUUGAGCUUAUUAAGGCUGUGAAUGUUAGCCUGACUAUCAGCGCCUCUAAAAAGCCUUAGAAUUGUUAUGCAUGGAGGGUAAGGGGUUGUGUCCAGUAAGACCAUUAUUGCACUUAGCCCACUGUUGCUGUGCUAACUGCAAUUUUAAGAAGAAUAGAAUAGAAUAUUCCUUUAUUGAUCCCUCAUGGGGGAAAUUUUUUUGCCACAGCAGCAUCACAGACAAAGGUAGUGCAAAAUGCAGUUAUAAAAAUAAAGAUUGUAAUAUUAAGAAACUAAAUAAAUGUUAUAAUCAAGAAAAAAUUUAGAAAAAGGAAAAAGGGAAGAGUAAAAUAAAAUAAAAUAAAAUAAGAUAAAAUAAAAUAAAAUAAAAUAAAACUAUAUACAAUAUAUACUAUAUAUAUUAAGUCUCCCUUCUUGAUCACCAACCAGUCAAAAUCACAAAAGUACAGGACUUUCUUUUGAAAAUGCCAUGAAUGUCAGCAAAUAAGGGGCAUACACUGGACUUCAAUAGAUUCAACAGUCUUGGUCACAGCUGAAAUGUAGAAAGACUGCAUUUCCCAUGAGCACCAUGACAUGCUGCCAUAGUGAAAUGGCUCUUGCUUGUAUGUGCGUUUGUGAAUGCAAAUGAACGAAGCAUUGAUCUCUUUAAUGCUUCUUUUUGUCAUUCAAGAUAACUCAUAAAUUGGUAAAAUAAUAUAUUGAUUUGUCAAUAACGAAACAAUAACUUAACUAGUAAACUCUGUUUCAUUACAGUGAGGAAGCUUCUGGUGAGAUGUUUCCUGUAACCGCCUCAUUAUUCGGAUGUUUGCUGAUUUAAAACAGUACUUUAACAUGCGUCUUUUUGCUGAUUCUGCCCUCAGUGCCAACAUUUUGGGCAAGAAAAAAAUCCUCUUUGCCCACCAACGUCUAAACAUAGAGUCUUCCCGCCUGAACUGAAUGUUGACUCAACUUUUAUUUUACUGAAACUUGAACUUGAAUCCAGGCACUAAAACCCAGCAUGAAGAAUAAGCACUGCCUCAGGGCAAUCAUUUUCUAUCUAGGUCAUGAGGAGGCACAUGUAUAAGACUGCCUCCAGUUCAAAUCUCCUUACAGUUCCUCUGAUAAAACAGAUAAAACGUGCCAAGCAAUAUUAACAAUUUCCAGUCUGUUACCAAGCUAAUCUAACAGGCUGCUGCAUCCAGCCUCAUGUCAGGCAUGCAGCAUGAACACACUUAAUGAUUGAUACCUAGAGACCUCUGGUAAUAUAUGUAUGGACAUCAUUGUUUGUGUGUUGCAUUUGCACCCGAUAAGCAAAGCCUGUAAUUCAAGUUUUUAAUAUUUCUGCCAUAUCAUCUUUAGCAUCACACUCUUGAGCAUCCAGACAGCAUGCCUCAAACUUAAUAGCACAUAAAGUUGAUGAGUUACCAUGAAAUAGAGCAGUUUGUUUUAAAACCCAGCUCCAGGCCUGUUCAUUUAAAAGGUUCAUUUACAGUGUCCAGUCUGGUCUCUGUCAAUGUUCAUUGGAAAAGGGGCAGAAAAGUCAAGGACACCUUUAAAAAAUAUUAAUAAAAAAAAUGACGGGAUCUCUAUCCAGGCUGGAUAUAUUGUGAUUUGCUUGGAAUAUGCCGAACAAAUUACAGACAUGGUGGAUUUGCUUAGGAUUAAAAACACAGGUCUCCUCUGCAAUGUUAACAACUGAUCAGGGGUUCCCAGGUUAAACUAACCUUAUGCCAAAUGAGAGUUUAAGUCUCUACAGUAAAGAAAGUGUGUGUCUGUCCCUUCCUAUGCUGAUUUGACUAUGGGGCUGUAACUCAGCCAUCUGAAAUCCCUGCUGUAUUUUUAGCUUCCAAACUUUCAAAAUGAAACCGUUUCCAAAAUAGUCAGUAACAGUACCAAACCCUGUCUUUCUAACUCAAAGUUUGUCAAAGUUGCUGCUGCUGCUGCCUGUGUCAGACAGUUACCAUAUCCGUGUCGUCAUUCUCUAACAAGGCAGCAUAAUCACCAACUGAGUGUUUGUCUGAGAGCGAGUUCAGGAAUAGAGGCUUUUCAUCAGCAGCUAGCCGAGGGUGUCAUGAACGUCAGGAGCUUUCCAUCUCUGUUUGUUCAGGGAGGUGUGGAAGAUAGCAGACACUGAGACUAACUGCUGAGAUUACUCCAUUUGUUGUGUUUGAGAGUGCCUGAAACAAACAGCUGGGAGGCCAUCUGCCCUGCGGUUUCACACCUGACAGCAUGACAAACCAGCUGAUGUCUUCAUUUGCAACAUGUUUAUCCUUUCUGAUUGAUUCACAGCUGUCUUUCGAGCAUCUUUUCUCACUUUUCACAUGUUGCUCAUCCUUAAACCGAAUCUUUUUUUUUUUGCUCCUGUACUUUACUGUCCUGAACUUAAACUCCACCAUUCAAAAGCAAGCUGUCCUCUUUCUGUUUUCACCGCAGUUUCGUGGGCUACCAGUUCCCUGGAUACAGAGGCAGCCAGUACCUGCUAGAGAAGGGUGAAUUCAAACAUUUCAACGAGUUCGGUGCCCGCACCCCCCAGAUGCAGUCCAUUAGGCGCAUUCGUGACAUGCAGUGGCAUCCACAUGGCUGCUACAUUGUGACCCCCAAGUGAAAUUCAGCAAAGACGAGGAAGAGAGGGAUAGGAGGAGAGAUGGAGCAAAGAGAUAGAGGAGAGGGAGGGAGGGUGAGGAAGGAGAGAAGGAAAGAUAGAGUGUAAUACUCCUAUGUCCACUAUCCUCUAGGCUGCAAAGAACAGGACAGAGGGAAUACAGGGGGGUUAUAUUUUUUUAGUUGUUGCAACAGUGUAAACUAUAGAAAAGAAAGGUCCAAAGUAAAGGAGAAACUUCCAGGACCACUGACACUGUUUUUAGUUAGGCUCCAUUUUUGUUCUCCCUCCCUCAUCAUCUCUGUUUGUCAGCUCACUUCUCCCCUCUCUCCUCACUCCCUCCCUCACUUCCUCUCUCCCCCUCACACUUCUCUUCCACAUUUUCACCAACGUCAGCCCUCACUCGGCCCAUUUCAGCCUGACUGACUGACGGGGGUACCAGUCUAGAACUGUGUGUGCUCUUGCGUUGAAGAGCUGAAACAGUAGAAAGCCCCCCACCCCUCACCCAAAGAAAUGUAAUUUCUGUGCUCCGAUCUCUAACCACAAAAAAACUUUAAAUAAAGUAUCUAACACCCUG